CAUACAGCAUAACAUAGAAUACAGUCUAUUAUAGUAUUGUACCAUGUGUUUAAAACUAAUCAUAUUGCAGUUCACUAUUUAGAUAAAAGUCCCUUUGUAGGGAUAUAAUUUGACCGAGUACAUUUACAGUCACAUAUAAAGGUGACACACUGACACACAUUUGUGAGUGAGUUUGCUCAAAAUGGCUAAAGAUUCUGUAGAUGUUGAUGGUAUUAUGAUGGCGGAAUAUGAUGGCAUAUACUGGCCCCGAUUCUGGCCUCGGAGCAGACCUCCUAAAAGCAACAUGAACUGGGAAGAAUGGCAUAGAGAGGUGCAGAAAAUGCCAUGCAGAGAGGAUGAUGUAUGGACUGUUACCUUUCCCAAAGCAGGUCUUCAUUGGAGUAGCCAGAUACUGCACAUGUUAAUGACCGGAGAUACAGAAGUAAGAAAUGCUGAAACACAUUUCUUCGAUAUGAACACCCCAGCAGAGACCACUGCCCAGAGCUCACCUAGGCUCAUACAAACACACAUGCCAAUAAACUACAUGCCAAAAGAUGUAUGGAGCAAGAAAAGCAAGAUUUUGGUGAUUUUGCGAAAUCCGAAAGAUCAACUUGUAUCUUUUUACCAUCAUAUAAGAUCUUCAGAAAGAAUGCAAGCGGGAGAUGAAGGCAUCAAUAGAUUCUAUCAACGCUUUGCAGAUAAAAAAUUGGGUUAUGGAGACUUCUUUGAUUUCUAUGAUCUUUGGUGGAAGAAGUCAAAAACAUGUGACCAUGUAAAGCUUGUUACAUAUGAACAGCUGAAGAAGGAGUUUAUCAAAACAGUCAGAGAUAUAAGUGAGUUCUUGGGUAAACCACAGACAGACGAUUUCCUGGAGAAGAUGGCACAUGUUUGUUCCAUAGAAAACAUGCAAAAGAACAAAGAAAUUCUUGAUUCACCAGGAAUAUGGAAAGAUCAAAAAGGCACAAUGUAUAGAAAAGGUCAAGUGGGUGACUGGAAGAAUCACUUCACAGUUGCAACAAAUGAACAGUUUGAUAAAAUUAUACAGGAGAGAGUCAACAAAGACUGGGACUUUAAGAUCAUAUAUGAGUAGAGAGAAAUAUCUGAUUUGUAUGUUAGAAUAAAACCAAAACAGAAAAUUGGGGAGAUCACUACAUUUCAAUUUACCAUAUUCAUAGCUUCUAUCCAUUGCCUAAACUCCAACAAACAUUGAAUCAAAACUAAUUUCACUGAAAAUCUUCAGUGGGCAGAAUUUAAUGCUAGCCCUUAAAAGUCUCAGGAGUGUGAACACUCUAAUGCUGUAUUUUUGGAGUUUGAUGUUGCAAAUUGUUUGGAAGGUCUAUGACACAGCACAGUGAUAACUGAAUGUGAAAUGGUUAUGACUGCUAACUAUUUUCAAGACAAACAGUAAUAAAGAUUGCACUUGCAGAGCGAAAUGCUAUAUAUAAAUUACCCACUAUGCCUGAAUGCCAAUCAGCUAUUUUGUACUUCAAGAUGCAAAUAAAUAAACUGUUCUAUUUGCAAUAUUUUUGUAUUUAUACUUGAAAAAUAAAGCAUUUUUGAAGUGAUGUAAAUAAGGUGAAAUCUCUCAAAAGGAUUUUUUAUUUUCUAAGGCAAAA